ACUGUUUUCGGAGCUUUCUUGUGAAAUGGAAUGCUUAAAAGCAAGAAAUGGAUCCACCAUUGGUAAUGGUUACAUCGAUAGAUACCAAUGGUACACCUUCUUUAAUCUGGCUACCUCCAACGAGUUCAGCAUCGACUAGUCCGAAAAGGUUUGCAGGUGUGCGGAUUGUCGCUUUUCAUUACUUUGAUCACCAUUACAAGAAGCUCAAGAAAUGGACUGAUUUAAUUGAGAAAUUGGCACUGGAAUAUGUUGGAAGGAUCAAGUUUGAAGCUCAUGAUAUAAAAACGGUUAAAACGUUUCACAGCUCUUUAAGUUCGGAUGAUUUUGGAAGCUUUCGUGCAGAUGUUCCACCUCAGCUCUUUGGCGUGGACAGCGAUGGAUGCAUUUAUACGAUGCACAUGCUCUUCAGCUAUAAAUAUAUUAAGGAUUUCUGUGAGAAACUUCUGAAGGGCAAAAUGUUUGAAGCUGUUGUAUUGAAUCCAAUUCAAGACAUCGAUUUCCCGCCACAAAAUUAUUAUCAACUGCAAGCUCAAAAUAACAAGGAUCUGUUUGUAAUGUUCUACGAUCCGUCUACCUAUUAUUGGUUCCUACAAAUAGGAAAGUUACGUAAGCUGGCUAAGCUAUUGGCCAAUGAAGAUGUCAACGUGGUUAUCGUAAAUCGAGGUCAUAAUUAUCUAGGUGUCGAUUUCGACAAAUGGUCCGAACUGAGCAGCUUUCAUGGCGUCACAAAAUAUGCAACAAAACGAUCGAAUGGCUGGAUAUCAAAUCAAUCUGAACCGCAUGAUAGCACAAGGGGAUACUUGCGAUAUAUUGCUCAGCACAGAAAUCCAGAACUACAAGAUUACGACAGGAAGGGAGAACGCAGAUAUCCGGAGGAAGCUCUGGAAGACAUCCAACACAUAUACGAAACCUGAUAGACCUGAUCUCUUAAUAUUAAGAACUUUUUUGUUAA